CACAUAUACCUUUGGGAUUGGCUUAUAACCGACAUACUGGACUUUGACCUCUUAGAAUAGUUAUAAUGAGUGUGUCGUCUCACAUAGUAUCCGGGCUCUCACAAGACACGGAGCUCAAGCCAAACUUCUGGAUUUUGAUACAACAAGAACCAAGAAAUGUCCGGCAUGAUCCAGAUAUUCCUGACGGGGCUCUGCUUCCUUUUGCUCAGGCCCACUUGUUGCAGCGGCAGCAGGAUUCUGGUCGUGCCUGUCGAUGGCAGCCACUGGAUCAACAUGGAGCUGAUCCUCCAGGAGCUUCACUCCAGAGGCCACGACAUCACUGUGCUGCGCUCUGCCAAGAGCUGGUACAUCCCUAGUACCUCUUCGAUUUAUACCUCCAUUAAUGUGACCAUGCUGGAGGAUGAGUCAAACAGGAACUUCUACGACAAAAUGAUACAAGACGUUGUGGAAUGCCGCCGGUCGCUGCCUUUUAUAAGCAUGUUCUGCCAACCACAGGUGCUCACAUCCAUGUUGGAUAAGGGCCAUGAGAUCCUUGCUAGAGCAGCUGCUACAAUGUUAGAUGACCCUGUUUUUAUGAAGAAGCUGCAAGAUGCCAAGUUCGACUUAAUGUUAACGGACCCUGCUUUGACUUUAGGGGUCAUUCUGGGUAGUUACCUCAAGCUGACGAUGGUUUUCAAUGUGCGCUGGAUUAAUAAUGGGGAGGCCCAUUUCACCAUAGCUCCCUCCCCUGUCUCCUAUGUCCCUGUGUCAGGAAGUGAACUUCAUGAUCAGAUGGAUUUUCUGGACCGAACCAAGAAUAUGCUACAUUAUAUUUAUAGUUUUGUUGAACAGCACUUUAUCAUUAACCCUUCCUACUCCGAUCUGCUCCGGCGGCAUUUCCCUCCUGGGACUGACCUGCUGUCGUUGGAGCGGGCAGCUGAUAUCUGGCUGGUGAGGACGGAUUUUGUCUUUGAGUUCCCUCGACCAACCAUGCCCAACGUGGUCUACAUCGGGGGGUUCCAGUGCAAACAGUCCCGUCCCCUCCCCGCUGAUCUGGAGGCCUUCAUGCAGAGCUCUGGGGAGCACGGGGUCGUGGUCAUGUCUCUGGGGACGCUGGUGUCGGCCCUGCAUCGGGAGGCCACAGAGGCCAUCGCUGCUGCUUUUGCUCAACUCCCUCAGAAGGUGGUGUGGAGGUUUGCGGGUGAAAAACCUUCAUCCCUGGGGAACAACACCCUGCUGGUGAACUGGAUGCCUCAAAAAGACCUCCUGGGACACCCCAAGACUCGCGCCUUUGUAGCCCACGGAGGCACCAACGGCAUGUACGAGGCUAUUUACCACGGCGUUCCCGUUCUGGGCCUGCCCCUGAUCUUUGACCAGUUCGACAACCUACUCCGGCUUAAGGUACGCGGGGCAGCCCGGGUGGUGGAGGUCAAAUCAAUCACCAAAGAAGACUUCCUGGAGGCUCUAAAGGACAUCCUGGAGACUCCCUCGUACCGUGAAAACAUACAGCGUCUUUCACAGCUACACCGCGAUCGGCCAAUGUCUCCCAUGGACACCGCCGUCUUUUGGAUUGAGUACGUUAUCCGGAACAAAGGAGCAGCCCAUCUGCAGUCAGCAGGUUUUAAUCUGCCUUGGUAUUCCUACUUCUGCCUGGAUGUGGCAAUUUUAAUUAUGGCCCUUAUUGGAGUCUUUGUCUGGGCUUCAGUCUCAGUGUGUAAGAUGUUCUGCUGCCGAAGGUCCCGGAGGAAGAUGAAAGCAGAGUAG